AUGGCUGCAUCUUCUGCUGCUGCUGCUGCUGCUACUCCUACAAAUAUUCGUACAACUUCAAGUAAUCUUUCAAAUUUUAUCCCAUGUCAACAUACAUUUGUAGCAACAAGAACUAAACAAGAUCCUUCUUCUUCUAAUAAUGAAAAUACUGUAGAAAAUAGUUCUCAACGUGCAACUGUACCACGUGUAUGUCGUCUACGAACAAAUGAUAAUGCAAUGGCUAUUUAUGCACUUGUUGAUCCAAUUGGUACAAGUAUGCUUGCAUCAGAUGUUUGUGUUAAUAUGUUAGUAGAACAAUUAAGUAAAGUAUCAUUCGAUGAUGAUACUUAUAAAGAAAAAAUAAAUGAUAUUAUGCAAAAUGUUUCUUAUGAAAUUGAAAAUCGUUUAUUACAAAUGACGUUUGAUCAUGCAGAAGAAAAAAUAACAUCGGCACCUUCAAGUGUCAGUGCAGCUGAAAAGCUUUUACCUUCAUUGGAUGAAGCAGAAUCUGGUGCAUUUUUAUUUGCAACCACGGUUACACAAUCGUAUAUGUAUCUUGCAUACGUUGGAACUAUUCGAGCUUUUCUUAUAUCAAAUAAUAAUGGUGAUUUGAUUAUAGAUGAGGAGCGUCCACAAUAUUUUCAUACAGGUUCAUUACAUACAAUUGAUAAUGAGGACGAAUGUCGUCGAUUAAAAAAUCUUGAUGUUGAUGUUAAUCAAGUGAAACAUGAAGGUUUUGAUAAAAACCAUUCAAAAUUUACUCGAUGUAUUGGAAAAUUAUCUGAAAAAUUACUAUCAUCAGCAGCAUCAGCUAAUGAUGUUAAUGAAGCACGAUGUAAUCCAUUAAUAUGUGAACCAAAAGUUUCUAAAUUUAAACUUCUUCCAACAGAUUAUGCAUUUGUUCUGAUGACGGAUAAAUUCUAUAAGAUGUAUUUAAAAACCCGUAUUCCUGAAAAUGAAAUUCCAUCAGAUUUUAUUCGUCUUUUUCGUGAAUCAAUAAAAUCACCUGAUCCAGCUGAAUAUAUUCUUCGUACGGUUGAACAAAGUUUUCAAUCAGAAAAUAAUUCUGCAAAUGAUGAUAGUGAUAUGCAAGAUAUGGGUUUAAUUAUUCAUUUUUUUCAUCAACCAAAAAAUGCAACACAAUCUUCGACAUCAUUAUCAGUUAAACCGAAUCAUAUUCGACGUGUAUUUAACGGUGAAGUAACAGUUGAUGAAGUAAGAAAAUUUAUUAAUAAAAACAAUGAAAUACAAGAAAAACGUGAAAAAAAUCGUAAUUCAUCAACAAAUUAUGGACAUCAACGUGAGGUGCAAUCACAUAGUAAUUCGAUUGAACCAUUUGUACGAUUUGAUGUUUAUGAAAAAUUAUUAAAAGAUAAUGAAGAAUUACAUCAAGCAAAUGAUUUAAUAACUGAACUUCUUUAUACACAAUCAACAUCAAUGAUUGAUGAAAAAUUAACUGAGUUUCUUCGAGAACAUCCAUCUUUAAAAUGUGAUUAA